AUGCAUCCCAAGUACGAUGCGAUGCGCGCUGCGACUCUGGUGAUGUACAUCAUCGCGGGGAUCAUUGCAAUUGCCCUGGACUCGGUGCUCAGUGUGCUGAUCAGCCAGCCGAUCUACUCUGGCUUUGUCCAUUUCCGCGCAAACUACACGCCCAAAGCGGUGGCGUUGCCCGAGGGCGACGCCACCGACGCGCAUCGUGUGCCGUGGUACAAGCGCCUUUGUAGGACGAGUGUUCCGCGUACUGGCCCCGCCGUCCACGGCGUGCUCUCGAUGAUCUCGCGUGUUGUUUCGCUCGAAGGAUGGCGCAGCUUGUACCAAGGCGCGACGGUGUAUGUGGCGCAAACAUUUGUCACCACCUCUCUCUUCCUUGCCGCCUUCUUUUUGCUCAUGGCGCUCUCUACGUAUGGCUACAAUUUCCCGGUGAACAACCCGUUCGCCAUGAUGGGAGCGGCGCUUUUCGUCGAAACGGCCAUGGCCUUGCUUGUGCUCCCGUUCCUGAUUGUGCUGCAGCGCUCCAUGGUUCAUCCGUACCGCCUCAACUGGUUCCGUCCGCGCGAGAGUUUGCAGAGCGUGCUGUCCGAGGCCGAGUACACGUGCCCGGCGCGGCUGUACUGCCUGCCGGGCGUCGUCAGCGCGCCGAUCUGCAAGCUGCUCGUGAUGCAUGGCGCGCAGUUUGCGUUCCACGGCGCGAGCGCGUGGUCGGGCGUGCAGCCUGCGCUCCUGCGCCUCGUGCUCCUCAAAGGACCGGCUGGAAAGAUGCCGCCAGUGCCGGCGGUGAGUGCGCGCGAGCUUCUUGGGUAUGCCAUGUUUGUCUUUGUGCUCGUGCUUGCUACCGUGCCGUUCGACUGUGCUUUGGUGCGUCUCGCGACGCAGCGCACUGCGUCGCGCGCAUAUCGUCCCGCGGACUCUGCAGCCCCGCAGGGCGAGACGCAGGCGCCGCUGCGCGAGUGCACGCCGCGCCUGCUCGAUCAGGCGGGCGAGCCGAGCAUUUCGCUGCGCCCCGGCCCCGCGCCGCUGGACCCUGGCGAGUCCUACUUUGGCGCGUCGAGCGCUGCGCCGUACGGCGGCCUUGUGGACUGCAUGCGCAAGAUGGCCGAGGAAGAAGGCUGCGCGAGUCUCUGGCGCGGAGCUACGCUCACGUUUCUUGCCAUGUGUGUGGGCAAUGCGGGCGCAGCGAGUCUUGCAGGUGUGCUGUAG